AUGCUCCUGAACCUUCUUACCAUGCUCCUGCUCCAAGUUACCAUGCUCCUGAACCUUCUUACCACGCUCCUGCCCCUACCUACCACGCUCCUGCCCCAUCCUACCAUGCUCCUUCCUACGAAGAGAAGCACGAGAAGGGAAUGCCUUUCGACUUCGAGUAUGCCGUCAAGGACGACUACAAGGGCCUCGACUUCGGUCACAACUCCAACUCCGACGGGAACCUCGUGACCGGUAAGUACUACGUCCUCCUCCCCGACGGUCGCACUCAGAUCGUCACUUACACCGCCGACCACUACAACGGGUACCAGGCUGAGGUCACUUACGAGGGCGAAGCCAAGUACCCUGAACCCAAGCCCUACGCCCCUGCCCCAGCCUAUGGUCAUCCUGCCCCAGCUUAUGGAACGCCAGCUCCAUCCUACGGUCACCCGGAACCCGCUUACGGAACACCAGCUCCUGCCUACGGAGCCCCAGAAUACUAAACCUCUCGAAUUAAAUUAUGUCUAAAUAAUUUAUUUAUUUUCAUAAAUAAAGGUCGAUUUUAAGAAUA